CCGCGUUUCCGGUUAUUUCCGUUCACUUCCGAAGUGAAGCACCGUGGAAACAAAGAUGGCAGACAAUUUAGUCCCAACAGACGGUAGGAAAUGCCCUUUAUCUCUCGCAUCUUAAAUAUUUUGACAGUUUUAAAACCUAGAAUAUGUUAUUUGAUAACCUUUCAGCCGAAAUGACCGACGCGACGGCAGUUUCAGAGGAAAAAACGCAAGAAAAACAGGCCGAAACAGCAGCAGGGGACGGCAGCACUGCCGCCAAUACAGAGACUGAUAAAAACAAAGCAUUUAUUACAGAGGUAGAUUUGUAUGCCGUGGUUUUGUUAGUCUGCUGUAAUUUUUUAUAUCCAAUUACAUGUGUAGUUCACAAAAUUACACAUAAAAUUGAAUAACAUUUGGUCUAAAUGACUAAAUACCUAUUUAAAUUAUGGGUAAAUUUAAUCACAUUUAAUGGGGGUAGCGAUAGACAGACAUAAGACAGUAAGUUUUCAAAACUGAUGAAUGAUUUGGCAGACAGCGGCAAUUGCUAGAUAGUAUACUUCAAAAUAAGAUUUCCGUUUUUAUUCUAUUUUUAAAAUAAGUUAGGGUUAGGUUGGGGGUUAGGUUUAGUAUUAGGGUUAGGGUUUAGUUUUGCGUUAGGAUAGUUUUUUCUACGUUAUAAAAACGGAAACCUUAUUUUGAAGUAUACUAUCUAGCAAUCACCAUUUGACAGCAGUUUGAAUAAAGUUUUGGCAUUAAAGUUUCACCCCCCCCCUUUGGGGAAUAUGGGUAAAACUUGACAACCCCCUGAAUAUUUAAAUUGUUGAGUAGUCAUGAUGGUCCUUGAUGCAUUCUUGUUCAUACCUAGUUUCAGUCCUACUCUAUCACCCCUUUAUUCCUCACUACUCCCUCCUCGCUACUUUUGUUAAUUAUGUUAGUUACAGUUACACAAUAUAUUGUUUUCACUGACAGACAACAACUGCAAACCAAGUGUCCCAGCCAGGAGUAACACCAUCAAUUGAGGUAGGUAUUUGUGUCAAGAUAUUGGAGCAAGGUUGUGGCUGGCAAUGACAGUAACUGAAACCUUAUUCGUGAGAUCAUGCUAUGGUUUCAUGGACAUAUUUCUUGACUUGUUUUUUCAGGCUGUGGUGAAGAAAGAGAAAGAUGAUGCAGAGAAACGAGUGCCAAAAAUUGAUGUGCAGUCACUUCCCACAAGAGCUUAUUUGGACCAGACUGUUGUUCCCAUCCUUCUUCAAGCUUUGUCAACUUUAUCUAAAGAAAGGUUCUGUACUGCUGGACAAGACUUUCUAUACAUGACCAAGCAAUACUUGAAAUAAUAGCCAAACUUCUCCAUAUGUACACCUCUCUAAUAUGGACAGUUGUCCAGUUAUUUUCUGUACAAAAUCCUUUCUGACAUGGACAGUGUUGUAGCCCUUCAGUGUUGGUGUUGGGUUGUUCCAGAAACAAUUCACACUCCCCCCCCCCCCACUGAGGAAAUUUUUACUGUUGGAGGGGGAGGAGAGAAAAACUGAUAACAGUAAAUGUAUUAGGACAUCCAAAGAGGGUGGGGGGUUGUUACUUCUAUUUCCUCCAUGGGGGAGGUAUGGAUGUUUUUUUUCUGGAAUGAACUAUUCCAUCUGGCUAAUAUUAUAAAUAUCUUGCUUUAUUCCUUUCUUCACAGGCCUCCAAAUCCAAUUGAAUAUCUUGCAAGUUAUUUAUUGAAAAACAAAAGUCAGUUUGAUUCAUCGCUGGAAACCACUCAACCAUCUGGAAUGUCAUAAUUACAGACAAUAUGUGUCACAAACAUUGUCCAAUGAAGGAUUGUGUAAGAACAUUGUGUAAAAAUAUGCAAAAAAAUAGACUUUGUUGUGUUAAUAUUUAUACAAGUAAAAUAAAUUUAACUGGUAAUGUAAAUUUAGUAUAAAAUAAUAAAAAUCAUGUUAUGUUCAUUCAUGGAGAAAGUCUUUUGGUGUAAUUUGGAUUUUGUUUUAAUAAACACAAGGUUUUUAAAUGAA